UAUUAAUUAAAAAUGGAAAAACAGUAGCAAUUAUCAGUAGAAAAAUUGAGGCAUUGAUGCUACUUGUUGUUGUUCUAUAAAAUGGGCAUGAUGGGAGAAGAGAAAUACAAAGCGUUCGAUUAUCAUAUAAGAUCGUUAUCAUCGAGUGCUAGAGAUUCCAAUUUCGCUAAUGAUCCUUCUCUCCUCAAUUCCGUCAAAAGUCUUUGCGAUUUAUGUAGAAGUGAGAAAUCAGAAGAUUUGAUUGCUAGAGUUUAUCCUCAUCUGAAUAGGAUAUUUCAGCGAUGUCUUUCUUCAACUUCGCAGUCUCAAACCUCCAAUGGCCCUCUUCUAUUGGCUAUACUUCAGUUUUUUCUCGACUUUGGAGAUGUGGUCCUGCAUGAUGCUGAUCCUAAUCUUCGGACCUUUUUUAAGUCAUGCUUGAGCUGUGAGUUUGCAGACCCUAUUGUUGCAGAAGCAACCCUUGACUUCCUGAAUGCAAACAAGAAAAAGCUUUCAAGUUCGUUUCCUACUUUGCUUCCCCAGUUUUUCCCGUUAUUGCUGAAGCUAAUUGCAUGGAAUGGGGAGAAAUUGGAAAAAUCAUUUUGUAGAGUAUUUCCUGGUUUGAUUUCCCAGGGAUCAUUUCUUCCACUAUUUCCAUCAAUCGUAGACUUGCCAAUAUUGGUUGUGGCACUGGAAAAGGUGGAGAAGAGUUCAGGAUCGCUGGUUGGCAGUAGCAUUGCUUCCAUACAGAAGAGUACAGCUCCAGAGAUGUUGUUAGCACUCAUGGAUGAAGCAUAUACUGGAUCAACCAUAGGAGAUGGAGGGGCGGAGUCUGAAUCUGAGGAUAGCUCCACAAUGGCAGUAGCUGAUCCAUUCUUUCUUGAGCUUCUCAAGGAUGAGAAUGAUGGUCUAGCUGAACGCCAUUGGGCUUCUCCUGCAGUAGCUGCAGCUCUACAAGCAGCAGUUAGCAUGCCUAUGUCUGAUAGGCUGAAACAAGCACUGAGAAUGACACCUCGUCUGUUUGAUAUGUAUACUGCUAUAGCGAUCCGUGAAGUCAAUGAUUCUCUUAUUUGUGCUCUGGUUCCCCUACUCAUGACAAGAUAUUCCAAUCUAUUUCCAGAAAAGUUAUUCUUGUACGAGGUACAAAAGAGGAUCAUAGAGCUCAUGCUUGCUGCCUUUAAUCGAUCUCCCAGUUUCAUUGCACUUCUGAAGAAGCCUAUAGUGGACAGACUUGGAGAAGCUUAUGAUUGUCCGGCAAAGACUGAAUUGGCAUUACAAUUAUGCUGGGCAAUCGGGGAGCAUGGAGGUGGUGGUGAAGCCCACAAAGAUGCGGCUCGUGAACUCUUUGAGAGCUUGGAAUUACUUCUCUAUGAAAAUCUUUCAUCAAGUCGUCUGGGUCUCCGUGAAUCAGCUCUUGGGUCUGAUUCUGCAAAAUCCAGAAAAUCAUCACAAUCAAGGCUAUUAUGUUUCGUUGUGACUGCCAUUGCAAAGCUUGCCACUUAUCACCGUGAACUGUUGCCCAGAGCCCGUGUAUCCUUGACAAAGGUUGCACGUUCGCGAAUCUCAGAUGCAAGGGUCUGGAAGCGUGCACGUGAUUAUUUGGGUCUGAUGAAUGAACCUGGUAUAUGUUUGUCUAUCUUGGGCCCAUGUGAAUCUCCAAGUAACGGGAUGCAGAAACCCGGCACAGUGAAUUGGAGUGAAGGCGGAACUAAAAUGAUUUCUCACCUUCCGUUUUACCUUUUAGGUGCACAAGAAGGUGCGCCCCAUGAUUUCUCAUUUAGAGAUGUUCUUCCCGGAAGAUAGUUUAUCGUCACCAAAUGCUCGCGAUUCAUUACACAUAUCCUCGUUGUCUACAGAAAACAUCAAACGAUGUAAUUACGCAAAGCAGAUAUGGUAUUCCCGGACAUACCGCUCAACAAUAUGAAGUUUCUUCUCCUUGCUGAUUCAAGCCAUGUAAUUGUUGCUUAUGAGAGAUUUUAAGUAAUUUAUUUCGUCUUUUCGACGUACCACAAUAAAAAAGAUGUAAAGUGUUGUCCAUUUGUAUCCACAUUUUGAUUUUGGUUUAUAAAUGACUUCUUACUUCCAAAAUUGUAUCGUGUGAGACAUUUAUGUAUGAAGUUGGAAUAUUGCUCGUGUAGUUCGAGCUUUACACACUUGGGGCUCGUUUGUUACGAGGAAUAAGGAAUAACUAUCGCGCUUAAUUUUCCGA